AUGUUUUUCGUAAACAACAGGAAAUGUUAUUGUUUCUGUUUUCUAUUGAUAUAUUCUUUCCAAAAAGUGGUGAAUAAAAAGCCCCAUGCUCAAGAACAACAGGCUGUUUGGCGAAUUGAAUGUGCAUUAGGUGUGAUAGCAGAACCGGAGUGUCCUGUGGAUGGGGGUUGGUCCCCUUGGUCCUCUUGGUCCAACUGUCACGGGACUUGCGAUGAUGUAGGAUAUCGUAAAAGGACCAGAGAAUGCAAUAAUCCACCAACAUCCAGAGAAGGCAUACCAUGCAGUGGCCCUGAUGAACAAAUCGAAUCUUGUUAUCUAACAAACUGUGUAGUGGAAGAUUUUAGAAAAUGUUUAAAUGGAGAUUCCAUUAGAACCGAUGCAAUGCGACAAUUAGAAACAGUCCCAAGCAUAAUGGAGCGAUGUCUUCAAGUUGAAUGUACGUUUUAUGAUAUUCAAAGUGCUUUAGCAGAAGACAAUACAUGGCAGCUAAACCCUGAAAUUAUAUGGAAUGCCCUUCAAUGUGUUAAACAUAAUGUAGGAUGUCCUGUAGUGGGAGAAUGGGGUCCAUGGGGAGCGUGGUCAGCGUGCGGCUCACUUUGCGGCAAAGGCUUCCAGUGGAGAGUCAGAAAAUGUGACACUCCACCACCGUCCGAUGAUCGGCUAAUAUGUCUUGGAAAUCCUCUACAAUUUGAAGACUGUGAAGGCGAUCAAUGUGCUAUCGAUGAGAGUUACACUGGUGAAAAUACCGGUGGCAAUUGGAGCAAAUGGGGUGAAUGGUCUUCGUGUUCUGAAAACUGUGGUAUUGGUAUAAGACGUAGAAGUAGGGUUUGCAUUGAGAAACAGAAGCCGCAUAUAUCUGCUAAGUGGGGUACACAUUGUAGGGGUCAACAUGCACAAAUGGAAGUUUGUAAAAACAAGGAAUGCUUAUUAGAUGGCGGGUGGUCGGGAUGGGGCAUAUGGGGUCCUUGUUCACAAACUUGUGGAGCAGGUAGGCGUUACAGAACUCGAUCAUGCACUAGACCAAUGCCAUCUGGAGGUUCCAAUUGUGUGGGUCCUAAAUUUGAGGAAGGUCCUUGUCACCAGAUGCCUUGCGAUGUAUUUUCACACGUCGUCGCUUUAUUUAAUGGAGAUUCUUUUUUACAAUAUGAUUUUCUGCAGAAACGGUCAACAUUAUUUCAUUCUUUUAUUCGAUUUAUGCCUCUAUCUCCUCACGGCACGCUCAUAAGACGAGGGGAUAUAUCUCAUCCCUUGGUAAGGCUAAGCUUACAAAAAUGGUAUCUAUGUUUGGACGUCAGAGGAUUAUCACAGUCAUGCAGUCCCCUUCGCGUCUGUUCAACUUUCGUUUUGGAGCCGACCGCUUGGCAUUCUGCAAUGAUCACUGUCAAUAAAGAAAGUAUUUCGCUUAGAAUAAAUGAUGCUCAAACGCCCAUACAUGGGAUGUUUCCUUGUGAUCCAGAGUUAACAGAUGAAAUGACAUUUAUUACUGUUGGUGAAAAAUUUCACGGAGUCAUUCAAGAACUAAUUGUAAAUUUUAUACCUUUGGUCAUGAUGGUUAAUCGUAAUCGAUUGGCUAGGUCUGACUUUGUCCCCACUUCUGCCUCAAAUAUAGCUUAUGAAAAAGCAAAUAUAGAAGAAGCUUUUCUGUAUCUUGAAAACGAUCAUUACUUAAGAUUACCUUGCUUCGAUGAUCAAAACGAAUGGAAUUUACAACUAACUCUGAAACCUAAGAAAGACGUGGGAAUUAUACUUUUUCUUCCAGGAAUCCAGGACGAUGAUUGGCUUUGUAUAACUUUAACUAACACAAGAUUAAAAAUAAAGUUAUCUUUACAUGGUUUUCGUUCGGAGACCACCAGUUCAACAGAAUGUUUACCUGACCAAUGGUUGGAUAUUAUGUUAUCGAAGCAAAGUGAAAGCGGGACCAUUGAAACCAUUAUAAAUGCAUCGGAACGGCUCCAUGUCUUGCUAACAUUCUCUACAACAACUAACAAAAGACAUAGUGUUUACCCAUUUUACUCGAUACAACCAAAUCAAAAUUUGUCUGAUAUAAGGCAAAAUAAUAGUUUAAGCAGUGUUGUAAAUAACACCACGUAUGUUUUGUGUUACGAUGAAUUUUUUAUCGGGAACAUACCGCUUGAAUAUAAAAAUGUUAACACCGAAGAGGUAACAUCUUAUUCAGGUAUUAUAGCGUCUUUAAAAGUGAAUAACAAAUUUAUAGAUCUUCAUAGUUUUGGAGUGGAACGAAUAAAAGAUAAUAAAAUACAACUAUCCUCUCGAACAUCGAGCAUAUCUGGUUUCUAUUACGAAACUAGCUGGGGGAUAAGUAAUAGUCUAAAUCUGACAUGUUUACACGCCAGAACUAAACGUACACCUAACAAGGCUUGGUGGUUUUAUUUGGAUAAUGCUAUUAAUAGUAUAUUAGAGAAAAAUUCUGCAAAAGCUGUUGAUGAUGGCAAAGUGUUAAGACUUAUCGCUACAGCGCCAAACUACCAUAGGGGUUUCUAUACUUGCCGUGCGCAUACAAUGAAGCGAACACGCAAUAUUGUGACCUACGGUGUCAUAGGAGAACUCCAGUACAAGCUGGCCGAGCCGGACGCCACCACAAUAAUAGCAAUUUUCACAACUAUAUUAUUAGUUCUUGGUACUUUGGGAUGGUUGAUUAUAGAAGGUAUAAAUGAUUUGCGCAAUGGAUACGGUUUCUUUCGAGAUGCUCAUUUGUCACCGGAGGAAGAAGCGGCUGCAGUUUGUAAUUACAUCGACCAAAAUCUUCACUUAUACGGAUCAAGGAGCGCUGCUGAUAUUGCCAAAGCCAGGGCAAGAAGAAAAGGUAAAUAUUUAGGCGGUCGAUCGAGCUAUGCCGCGCAAGAACCUCAAGGCAGAAUUCAAAUUGAAAAGAAUCUAUCAAGGGCUGGCGAUUAUCCUUCAAGUGAACCCGAAGAGCUACCAGCGUUACCCGAAGUGAAAAGCUUCGUGGCGAAUGGAGUUCACAACGUGUACAGAUGUGAGCCAUCAUACGUAGCCUCACCCAAUCUCGCUUCUAAUACAGCGCCCUCCCAACCAUUGUCUUCAUCUUUACACAGCUCCCCGAGAGAGCUUUUCCCACAUUUAUUAGUAAAUAAGACACAAUGUCCUAGCGUCAAUAAGGACGAGCCACGAAAAAGGCGCUUGGACCUUAGUGAGAUGAUCGACGAUAAAAUAAAUACAUCAUCGCCGGAAACAUCACCUUGUAAGUCGCCAGGUCAUAAAAUCUUAAAUAGAUUCUACAUGUUGAAACGUUAUGAUGAUUGA